AUGACGGGUUGUAACAAAACCCAGCUCUAUCUCACGACCAUUGCCGUGAUCCUUUUGACGGCGAGCCAAGCCGCGGAAGCGCAUUUCAAGAACCUCUGCGCCCAAACCGCUUAUCCAAGGUUGUGUUGGCCGAUUGUUAAAGGGCCAAACCCGAGACGAGCCACACACAGCACGAUUCGAGCCCUCGAAACUAAGACGAAAUUGGCGAUUGCACAGGCUGCGAGGUAUAAAAACGGAAACCAACAAGUUGCGAUUUGCUAUGCGACUCUUAAGGACGCAGCCUUCAAUCUUGGGAAAGCAAGGAGGAGCAUUAGGAAAAGAAAUGUUUUGUCGCUUAAAAUGUUUUUGGCCGCGGCUGUGUCAGACUAUGGUGUCUGUGUCAACGGGUUCAUCGAUUCACGUCAAGUUCAUACCAUUCAAAACGCUGCCGAUAAGCUGAGGAAGAUGGGUAGCAAUUGUUUGUUGCUUGCUACAUUGAUUAGAUGA